CCCUCUGGGGAGCUGCUCUCCGGCGCGGCGUGGGGGGGCCGCGGCGCGGGCGUGGUUUUUUUCGAGCUGUUCAACUUCUGGCUCGGCGGGGCGCUGCGAGCCCACCCUGUCCAGCGAGCCUGCCCGCCCGGGCGGGGAGCGCAGAUCUGAGGAAGGAAACCGAAACCGCGGGCGGACACUUCCGGGAGCCGCCGCGGCGCCGCCGGUGUCUUUCAGGUUGCAAAAAGGAUGGAAAAAAGGAUUUGUGCACUCUGCCCCAAAGGCUCCGACUAUAGUGUACUAUACUUUGCACAAUCAGAGAAUAUAGCUGCUCAUGAAAAUUGUUUGCUGUAUUCUUCAGCACUUGUGGAAUGUGAGGACCAGGAUCCACUUAAUAGUGACAGAAAUUUUGAUGUGGAAUCAGUAAAGAAAGAAAUCCAGAGAGGAAGAAAGUUGAAAUGCACACAUUGUCGUAAAAAAGGAGCCACCGUGGGAUGUGAUUUAAAAGCCUGUGCCAAGAAUUACCACUUUUUCUGUGCCAAGGAGGACAAGGCAUUUCUACAGGUGGACGGAGUCCGGGGAACUUACACAUUGUUAUGCCAACAACAUGCUCCAGAAUCAACCAUCACUCAAAGUGCUGAUUGCUCAAAAGUGCAAAAGAAAAGAGGAAGGAAAAAACGUCUCCCCAGAAGCACUGCUGUACUGCCCAAUGAGACAGUGCUGGUGGACAGAGCUGAAAGACAAGUGAAGGAUGAGCCUGGCAGUCACACAGAUACAAUCAUGAAGGUUUCUUUUCUUAAAAAAUGCAAGAAGGCAGGACUUCUUAAUGACUUAUUUGAAAAUAUAUUAGAUGAACUUCACUUGAUGCAACAAAAACUUUUGGAUGAUACUACUUCAGAAUCAGCCUAUGAAAAAAUUGGGACUUCACUUUUUGACUGUGGAUUGUUUGAAGACACAUUUGCAAAAUUUAAUGCAGCAAUAGAGAAUAAAAUUUAUGAAUCCAAAGAAAGACUGAAGCAGCUAGAACAAGAAACUGAGCUACUAGAGGACUUAAAACAAACCCUGUCGUCUCUUCAAGACAAUGGAGACCUCACAUCAACCACUACUUCAGUGUCCUCCCUGUCUUCCUGAAGUUCACCGUGUGCUAAGCCAGCAGUCAAGUAAAACAGCGAGCAGGCUCCAGCGUGGACACCCAGCUUGCAGAAGCCGCCCUGACAUUCCACAGACAACUGGGUACUUGGUGUCUGCAUCGUGAUUUCACUUCUCCUACUUCUUCCUCUCCAAUAAAAUGUUUCUCAGGUCUGCUUGAGUAAACUGUGUCCGGCUCCCCAUCCUCCCACUGUCUGCAAAUCAGAUCCCGUGGGUGGCUUUCUACUGGCGCACCCCCGUCUAAGGUGAUUCCAGUCACACACGCAGCCUUUGCACACCGUUGUCACCGUUGUCCUCCUCCUGUCCUCCCGUCCUGAAGGGCUCGUGACUGUCUCGCACUCAUUCCCUCUGAGGCCCCUUUUCCUGCACACCACUUCUCAGUGUAACUGCUUUACUUCCUGUCACAUCACGAGCUCUGUAGCAGAAAACAGCCAUUCUGUGUUUUGUUCACUGCUGGCCUCAGUUUUGCUCAUAACAGUGUUCUGUUCACUAUUGUAUUUCCUUACCUCUAGCACCCUUAUUUACAAACUAAGUGCAUAAAAGUUCCUAACUCUUGAUUCUAAUUCCAGCCCAUAAUGACCCUUGGAUAUAGUAAGUAAAUGUAUUACUUACACCAAA